AUGGCGCGCCUGCUUGCCUUCCUUUUGAUCGCCCUUGCAGCCGGGAUCCGGUCAAAGAGCGAUACGCCCUGGCCGUGGGAAGAGCACCCCGUGAGCUCGGCCGAGGAGCUUCAGGAACUCCUGAGAACAGUGCUCAGGACCAGCGCAGCUGACACCAGAGAAGAGCCCGAUGCCGCACAGGAGCGGAAGCUUCGAGAGCGGAUUGCCAGCAUCAGAGAGGACUGGCAGAGCGCCAGCGCAUGCCACCGGCAGCUGGGGGGUCUAAUGAACACUCUCACCCUUGCAUGCGAAGGCUUGCAGCCGAAAGCCGACUGGCUUCUCGACUACUACCCGGCCCUUCCAAAGAAGACGUGCGCUGACAGCGUCAGCGACAUCUUCGCGAUAGGAGACGAAUUGGUGGAAACCCUCCGUGUCUCCAGAGAUGCCGUAGCUUCCGUGGAUGUGGCCGGCGAAACGCUCCGUCGAUAUCAAGCGCUCUCCUUUCUGAGGAGCUGGCUAGUGGACCUGACCAAGACUUUUCAACAUGCACUGCUUUGGGCUGGCUUCUGGGACGGCGACCCCGAGAACCGCACGACGCAGGCAGCGCUCUCCAACUUUGCCAAGGCCAUAGAGCACGCGACCGUGCACCCGAACAGCUUCUUGGGCCGAGCCAUUGAGGCGAGCGAGAACCUCGACGCCUGCUACAAGGACACCGAGACCAGCGCGCUUGCAGGGAACAUGUGGUCGAUCGCAAGCAUGAGCUUCGUGCUCGGGAUGCGCGAAAGGGCACAGGGAACCGUCAUCGCACUGGUCAACAAGCAGAUCACAGGUGAGCGUAGCUUGUCGCAGUCCGUGCUGUCCACCCAUGAAAUCCCAACGGUGGGGCUCGCAGCCUGGGGCCUCGGGUUCUGGUCUCCGAAAGUGAUGCUUGUGGACCUCAUGGGCACCUGUGACCAGACCAGCCCAGAGUUAGAGAAGCGGCUCCUCGCCCGCCUGCCCUCUUGGGCCAAGUCCAUGACCAACUGGAGCCCGGAAGCCUUCGCGAUGAGGUCGCGGCUCCGGUGGCAGUGCAUCGACUGCUCGGGCACUUGCAGCCUGGAUGAGGCUUUGGCAGAGCACGUGGAGAAGCUUGUCAAGGCCAAGGAGGAGCAGGACCAGAAGGACCAAGAGCUCCGCCAGGCCGGGAGCCCACAGUUCGCAGCCAUGGCCACCACUGACCUCAUCCGAAGCCAAGAGGAGGCGGCCCUUGCCGACAAGCUGAGAAGCUCGGCUCAAAAAUUGGCACUUGACGGCGACGCUCUCUUCAAGCUUAUCAAGCUGAGCCAAGACCUGAAAGCAGGGCAGCAGCACCUGUUGGGGGAGGCUUUUACUUGGAAUUGGAGAGAGACACGCACCAGUGCGGAGCAACUUCUUCACCAGAAUGCGGAUCCGAGCUCUCCGGACCGGCUGGGCCACACAGCCCUCAUGUGUGCUGCCGAUAAAGGCCACCUGAAGGUGGUCGAGGUGUUGCUGAGCGCCGGAGCCCAGGUGGAGGCCCGCAGCGACGCCGGCGAAACAGCCCUCACAGUAGCUGCAACGAGUGGCCACCUGAACGUAGUCAGGUCGUUAGUGCUGGACGGAGCAGAGCCCGAGGCCUGCAAUGCAAAUUGCCUCAUCGAGGUUGCCAGAAGGAGUCACCUGAACGUGCUCAAGGCGUUGCCGAAGGAAGUCCAAGAUGAAAGAGGGCGCACAGCCCUCGUCGUUGCUGCAAGGAAGGGCCAUGCGCAUGUGGUCGAUUUUCUGGUGAGGGCCGGAGCAAAGCUGGAGGCCCACGAUCAGUAUGGCUACACAGCCCUCAUGUCCGCUGCAUUCUUCAACGAGUUGGAGGUGGCCGAGGUCUUGAUCAAAGCCGGAGCCCAGCUGGAUGCUGCUUGUAGUGAGGGCACAGCUCUCACUGUCGCUGCAGAACAUGGCCACCUGAGGGUUGUUGAGGCGUUGCUGAGGGCCGGAGCCCAGCUGGAGGCCCGCGAUGAGAAUGGCAAAACCGCCCUUAUCGUGGCUGCAAUCAAUGGCUGGUUAGAUGUGGUGGAGGCGUUGCUGGAGGCAGGAGCGCAGCUGGAGGCCCGCGAUAAGCAAGGCAGCACAGCCCUCAUCUGGGCUGCAUGCGAAAAACACCAGGAGGUGGUCACGGCGCUGGUGCUGGACGGAGCUGAGAUUGCGGCCCGCGGUGCGGAUGGCUUCACAGCCCUCACCUGGGCUGUUUCUAAAGGCCAGCUGCUACUGGUCGAGGCCUUGCUGAAGGCAGGAGCCCAUGCAGAGGCCCUCGAUAAGCAGUUGGCAGAAGCUCUAGGGCACUCGCAGAUUGCGGACAUCUUGUGA